UAUUACUGAAACAGCCAAUCCUUUCUCGACGUUUGUCUGGUUCUUGCCUGAAAACUGAGUGGAUUACUUUGGGCUGACGCAAAAGCAGUGAUGAGCGUUCCAGUAAGAGAAACCAGCUCGAACAACGGAAUGGAGUCGAAACAGGAAAUGGCAAGAAGUCUUUUGAAGACAUCGUCUAUGUCUAUAAGAACAAAAUUGCUGCAUAAAACCGGAGUGUCACUUUAUGAUACAUCUCAUGGCUUCCAUGAAGAAGUUGUUAAAAAAAAGCUUCAGCAGUUUCCCGGUGGAUCUGUUGACCUUCAGAGGGAAGACAGUGGCAUUGGCAUUCUUACUCUGAACAAUCCAAGUAAAAUGAAUGCCUUCUCAGGUGUUAUGAUGCUACAACUUCUGGAAAGAGUGAUUGAACUGGAAAGUUGGACAGAGGGGAAAGGUCUCAUUGUCCGUGGGGCAAAAAGUACUUUCUCCUCAGGAUCUGAUCUGAAUGCUGUGAAAGCACUAGGAACUCCAGAGGAUGGAGUGGCCAUGAGUAUGUUCAUGCAAAACACCUUAACAAGACUUAUGAGACUUCCUUUAGUAAGUGUUGCACUGGUUCAAGGUCGGGCAAUGGGUGGAGGAGCAGAAGUUACUACGGCAUGUGAUUUCAGAUUAAUGACGAGAGAGAGUGAGAUCAGAUUUGUCCACAAGGAGAUGGGUAUAGUGCCAAGUUGGGGUGGUGCUGCCCGGCUGGUCAACAUAAUUGGCAACAGAGAAGCUCUCAAAGUGUUAACUGGGGCCCUCAAACUGGAUUCAAAAAAAGCUUUAGACAUAGGAAUGGUCGAAGAGGUCUUGCAGUCUUCAGAUGAAACUGAAUCUCUAGAAGAGGCACAAGAGUGGCUAAAGCAGUUUAUCAAAGGGCCACCGGAAGUAAUUAGAGCUUUGAAAAGAUCUGUUUCUUCAGGCAAAGAGCUUUGUUUAGAAGAGGCAUUACAGAACGAAAGAGAUCUUUUAGGAACACUUUGGGGUGGACCUGCAAAUUUAGAGGCUAUUGCUAGGAGAGCAAAAUUUAAUAAAUAGUUUUUUAAAAUAUGAUGUACUACAACUAAAACUCCAAUGAUUAAUGUGUAUAAAAAUCAAAUGACAUUAAAUAUGAAUGUCAGAAUUACUUUGAAGGCUACCACUGGUAUUUGGGUUUGUUUUUAAUAAUUUUUUGAGUACCCAAUCUCGCUGGCCUAGUUGUCAGUAUAUUUGGUUAUUUACCAAGUAAUCUGGAACAUUUGGCUAUACAAAACUUUUGGCUUAAAAAUUGUUAUCAAUUCUCAAAUUCCCAUAAUAGUUCUUAGCCUAUAACUGAAGAUCACUUUUCAAAAGGAAAAACUUGUACAUAAAACCUAUUCCUGGGGUUAUUUUUCAUGAAGUCUUUGUUCUGUCUUACCUGGGAACAACUUAUAAAAAUAACUGAAUGAACCUUGCAGCUGAAGAACAACAGUGGAGAGGGAUCGGGGACAAGACUAUAAGGAAAGAUACGAUCAAUCAUUUUUUUCUGCUCUAUGCAGCUGGAAUAAAGAAAUCACAGGGAAUGGCCCUUCUUUUAAAUAAAGAUGCUUCCCACCUCACCCACCUACAAAUCUGGAGCCUUAUUUAUUUGAUCUUUUUAAUAAAUAGUUUUCUUCUAUUUUAGAUUAUCUAUUGAACAGUGAUAGCCCCCACAUGGAAAGUUUAUUGAUGGUACAAAAUUGCACAUUCAUUUGUAUGUCCUGGAAUUUCUAAACAAGUAGUAAGUAGUACUGUUUAUGUAGUAAUAAAAUUUAACUCCA